GGUCUGACCGGUUAUUAACUCAUUAUGACCUUUCUUCAUUUUUCUUUUUUCUUCUUCAUAAAUCAUCCUCAAUUAUUCAACAUUUUUAUGUCCCUUUCCAUUAAACCACCUUCGAAAAUAUUAAUCAUAUACCUAAUUUGAAGAUGGAAGUCGGAUCUUCUUCAAGUAAUUUCAAGCUCUACGAUCAAUUCGAAUUGCUGGAAUUUGAGGAUAGGUUAGUGUUCAAAUCCCUCGAAUCUCCCGAUAAAGGCUUUUCGAUUUGCCGUCGUCAAGGAAACAUCGAACCCCUAUCUGAUGAAUCUUCUUCUGGAAAACCACCCAAAACCUCUACCAUUUAUGGCGUGGCUGGAACAAUUAGAUUGCUUGCAGGAACAUAUGUACUUGUAAUAACUUCAAGAAAGGAAGUUGGGAGUUUUCUAGGUUUCCCUGUCUACCGAGUUGAAUCUAUGAAAUUCCUGGCUUGCAAUGAGGCUUUGAGGUUUUCCAAUUCUCAAGAAAAAAGAGACGAGGCUUACUUCAUGUCCUUGUUGAAAACAGUUGAAGCAACUCCUGGAUUAUACUACUCAUACGAAACAGAUAUAACAGUGAACUUGCAGAGAAGAUGCAAAUUAAUGGAAGCAUGGACGAGCAAACCAUUAUGGAAACAGGCUGAUCCUCGAUUUGUUUGGAAUAAUCAUCUUUUGGAGGAACUCAUUGAGUACAAGCUUGACAGGUUUAUCAUUCCUCUCCUACAAGGAAGUUUCCAAGUCACUCAAUUAAAGCUGAAGAGUUCACCUGCCACAUUUACAUUACUUUCAAGGAGGUGUACAAGACGUUUAGGAACACGGAUGUGGAGAAGGGGAGCUAACCUCGAAGGGGACAGUGCUAACUUCAUUGAAACAGAACAGUUGUUGGAGCUUGAAGGUUUCAGGUGUUCAUCAUUGCAGAUACGAGGCUCUAUUCCACUGCUUUGGGAGCAGAUUGUUGAUUUAAGCUACAAACCACAGCUUAGAAUUAUUCAACAUGAGCAGACGCCACAAGUUGUGGAGCGCCACUUCAAUGAUCUUUAUCAAAGAUAUGGAGAAACUAUAGCCGUGGAUCUGACAGAUAAACAUGGUGAUGAAGGUCAACUAAGUGCUGCAUAUGCAGAGGAGAUGCAAAAGCUUCCAAAUGUGAGAUACGUAUCAUUUGACUUUCAUCAUGUUUGUGGAAGCUCGAACUUUGCUAACCUCCAAGUUCUAUAUGAUAAAAUCUCCGAGGAAUUUGAAAAGCAAGGAUACUUCCUUAUAGACAAAGAUGGUAAGAUCCUGGAGGAACAGAGAGGCAUUAUUAGAUCUAACUGCAUUGAUUGCCUUGAUCGAACAAACGUGACCCAGAGUUACCUUGCUCAGAAGACUUUAGACAUCCAAUUGCAAAGGCUUGGGGUAUUUACUUCUACCGAGUACAUUUCUAUGUUUCCGGAAGAUUAUGUGAAGUUCAGAACAUUGUGGGCUGAGCAAGGUGAUGAGAUAAGUCUUGAAUAUGCUGGGACUCAUGCACUGAAAGGGGAUCUUGUUAGAUACGGCAAACAGACAGUAGCUGGAUUUAUAAAAGAUGGAAUGAGUGCGUUAUCAAGAUACUAUGUGAACAAUUUUCACGACGGAAUUCGGCAGGAUGCAUUGGAUCUUGUAAGUGGUCGUUAUACUGUCAGUAAAAGUAAUCCUUCACCAUUCCAGCUAAACAGUUUCGAAUCCUUCUCUUAUCUUCCAGUGGCAUCAGCUUUGCUGAUAGGAGGUUUGACACUGACAACCUUCUCACUUCAGCAAGGUAUCCCUUCUUGCCUUAAAAACAAGCGGCUCGAAACGCACAGCAUUAUGUGUCUUCCGUUGUCUGGGCUGGAGUGACUGCUGGAGCGAUGGCUUUAGUCAAAGCUAAUGGAAGGCAGUUUUGUUCUAGGCCUCGCUUGUGUCGCCUCUUGUAAACUACUCUUAGCUUCAAAUUGAUAAUAUUUUACUCUUACUGCUAUACAUACAUAUAUAUAAAUAUAUAUGUGUUCUUUUAUGAUUUCAA